GGGAACAGAGUCCUUCUGUUGUUAUCGGCCGGGUGCUGCUGUCUCCUGAGGCCUGCCACUCACGCCCCUCUACUCUUCCGCCCGGACACGAACCUCCAGACUCUGCUGGCACUGAGGAGCAACCUCAGUGGUCAAGGCAUCUCCUGCCCCAUGUGCUCAGGUGUGUUCAUGGAAAAGCCCCACGCUUUGAACACCCACACGUACUCAUCAGCAUUUAAGUUUUCUACACAUCAACAGGCCACCAGCUCAACAACCUCUGCUGUUCCUCGGAGCUCAGUGAAGCCAAAUUCGGGCACCAACCAAACAAGCUCUUUGCUGACCGUGUACAUAUCAAAGUUGGACCUUGGAACCUCUACAACCCUUUACCGUUUCUCCCUCAACAUCAGCACUCCCUGGAAACCGUGCAGCACAGAGAUUCAGGAGGUGCCAUCAUUUCAGGCAGGUUCCCUGGGCUGGGACUCACGAGUAAGGGAGUACACCCCUACCCUGAUGGAGGAGUUGAGUGUCUGUGGGCAGGGGGCACGGGAGUGA